AUGACCUAUAUCUGGCCCGGUGGGCGCCGGCCACCGGCAGUGUAUCAUUGGACACCGGCCCGUACACAGGGCUCGCAGCCGCCAUGGCGCGAACACGGAUACUCACGCUCUCGGCGCUGGCCGCGGUGCUCGGCGCCUGCUCAGCCCUGGCCGGGCCCGGACCCGCCGCCGAGGUGGCCCCGGUGGUCGUCUGGGCUCAGGCGGCGGUUGGCGGGCCGUCAGACUCUGCCGACACCGACUUCCGCAGCCGGUUCGGCCUGUUCGCCGACCAGAGCGAGUCGACCGCCGCGUGGCCCGGACCGGCCUGGGACAGGAGCGGCGCGCCGGCCGCCUCUGAGCGGUCCGGGGAGGCCGCCGACGGCGACAGCCAGAGCUCGCGAGCGGCCCAGCUGGCCAGCUACGUGACCCACCUGACCGAGCAAGGCUUCUCCAGUGGCGACCAGCUCUCCUUCGACCAGACGCCGACUCCCAGCGACCAGACGUCGACUCCGAGCGAGCGGAACCAGCAGGCUGAGGCGGAGCAGAGGGGUGAUGCCGGUGGCGAACCAGGCGGUCAGGAUCAGGGACCGGCGGACGGACGGGCCAGUGACGCCGAGGAGGGCAGCUCCAGCGGGGGACACAGCGCCCGGCUGGCGCUCCUGAGGCAGCGCAGGAAGAAGCUGCGCCUGAGCGCCGCCAGGGACCCAGCCCGGCUGUCUGUGAUCAGGCGGCGCCAGAAGCCAGCUGCUGCUGAAAAGUCCGAGGAACCGGCCACCGACUCCACCUCCGACCAGCAGGGCACUGAGGCGAAGGACUCUGCCGCGGAGGCCCCGAGGCUGCGGAGGCCGUUCGGACUGCGCCGCCGCCGGCCUGUCCACAGCCCGUCCCACCAGAGGAGGCGCAGACCCACGCAGCAGUCCACCACCGAGACAUCGGCGACCCCCGCCAGACGGCCGAGCCGCCGCCGGAGACCCACCCGGCCGCCCACCAGCACGGCGCGGCCCACAGAGGAGCCGGCCGACGCCGGUACGGAGGAAACCGUCUACUACAAACCGAGUGCGGAGGAGUACCCCGACUACCCGCCGUUCGCCCCUCCCCGCGAGCCGACCCAGGCGCCGCAGCCGCCCCUGCGGGCUCCGCAGCUGGCGUCGCCGGGAUCCAUAGAUACAGCACAGGCAGCGCAGCAGCCCAGCUCCGAUAGUCUGCAGCAGUUUUCAGACCAGCGAGGGCCACCGAAUGGCGGUGAAAGCGAUACCGAGCAGAACCUGACUGAUAAAGUAACCAAGCUGAAGCAGAAACUGGCGGAGGAGAAGGAACAGAACGAAAACGAACUGUCCUCCGAGGGCGUUGCCAAGCCUAUCGUUCCGAGCCUCCCCGCGGAACAGGUCACGACCAGACCCCUGCGCGAGCUAUUUGACGUACUGACGAAGGCUGAACUAGCCAGGGGCCCAAGACGGGAGAACUACGGCCCCGCUGCCAUAGAAAAUGGCCGGGAACCUCCGCGACAGUCUGUUGCUGCGUCCAUUCGCAGACCGAACGUCCAGAGGUUCCAGGCCACUCGUCCACAGGUUCAAGGGGGCCGUCAGUCAGCAUCGCCUGCCUUCCAGGGCCCCCGCCCGCAGUCUGUCCAGGCCUCUUCCGAACGCGCCGUGCCAUCGGAGGUCGUCUACGAGUCCGGGUUCAAGCCGAUCACGGACACUUCUCGUUUCAGCGCGCCCCAGUCGCAGCCGUCAGCUGGGCCCCAGGCGAGCGCAGCGCCGCCUCAGCCGCCUCAGUCCCAGCGGGUGGUGUCCGGCACGUUUGUCUCGGGAGAGCGGCGGCCGACGCAGGUCCCGUCGAGGCCGACGUUCGCGGCUCCUCAGCAGCGGCCGUCUGUCGUGCACACCGUGCGCAGACCCGGUGGCCCGCCGACGCCGGCGCCAGCUCCCGAAAAGAAGGCCACGAGCGGCGGCAAGAUCCGCUUCCCUGGAGCCGAUGAGUCGACGAGUCAUCAGCAGUCGUCCGUUCUCCCCAGGCCUCCGCCAUCAUUCGGUCAGCGUCCUCGCCCAGGACAGGAGCCCGCUCGCCCUGGAAGCCUGCCGCCGUUCGGAGCAAAUCCUUCCGAAGAUGUUCGUCGUCCUGGAAGUCCCCCCGACCAGCGUCCGUUCCCCGGCUUCCCGCCCAGGCAGCACCUUGGUGCGGCACCCACGCAGUUUCCCUCUGGGCCCAAGAACACGGGCCAUCCGAGGCCCCCAACUGGUCCCGUACAGCAGCAUUUCGGAGUCCAACAGCCGGGCGGCUCGCCUCGACCAUCUGGUGAUGGCGGACAGAGACCCUCCACGAGCCACCUGCCGGACUCCCCGCGGCCAUUCGGUGGAGCUCAUCGCUUCGCCGGUGGCAGCGUGCAAUCUCGGCCGGGCGCCAUCAGCGGCUCGACUCCCUUCCCUCCGUUCCAGGGAAGGCCGAUCGGACCUCCUGUGCACCGCAACCAGAACCGACCGCCUCCCUUCAGCACCCAGUCGACUGAGAGAACCCCACCGCAGUCCUUCGGAGGCCUUCCCGAGCCUCCCUUCAGACGCCCCCGUCCCGGUCCGCCUCAGCGCAGACCGGUCCCCAAGGGACGCCCUCAGGGCCCGCCGUUCAACCAGCUGACCUCCGGUCCUCCAUCCAAAGACCGGACACGUUUCCCUCCGAGUCCUUCCGGUCCGAGUUCUGACGGCCGCCUCCCGCUGCAGACUCAUCCCGACAACAGACAGGAAGCCAGUCAGGUGACAGAAAAGUCAGUCCAAGAGCAGCGGCCUUCGCCUCCUCCCAGGCCACCUAGGCCGUCUGCCUCCUUCGGUCUACAGAGACCUCCAGGUGACUUCCAGCAGAGACCUCCUCCGAAUGGCUUCCAGCAAAGGCCUCCAAAUGGCUUCCAACAGAGACCACCGAACAACUUCCAGCAGAGGCCUAAUGGCCUCCAGCGCAGACCUACGAGUGACUUCCAACAGAGGCCUCCAAACGAUUUCCAGCAGAGACCUCCGAGUGACUUCCAGCAGAGGCCCCACAACCAGUUCGAACAGAAUCCUUCGGAGAGACCUCCGAGGGGCCCCGCUGGCCAGCGCAGACCGCCGACUGGUCAGCGUAGGCCCCCGUUCGGGUUCCAGCAGAGACCGUCUGAGACCGACGAGCAGACGAGGGCGCCACCGAGAGCCCGACCUUCCGGCGCUCCGGACCAGGACAGGCACCCAGUUGAGUUUCAGCAGAGGCCGUCCGAAUCGUCCCCCGACGGACCGAGGCCGCGGCCGGAGCUGCAGCGGCGGCCCCCGCCCGGCUUCCGGCGGCCGCCCCCGACCGGGUUCCAGUCACGACCUCCGCCCGGCUUCCGUCCGGGACCUGGCCAGUUCGGCCAGCGCCUGCCUGCGAGGCCGGGAUCGGGCCUGCCCCCCUCGGCUCACCCCCGCCGCCCGAGCUCGAGCGAUGGGCCGCUGGCGGACCUGCUGACGCGCCGGCGCGACCAGCAGGUGCCCGGCCAGCUGCUGCUGCACCGCGGCUGAGCUGCGCCGGUCCCCGGCCAGCAGGCCCGACCAGCUGCUGCUGAGCUGCGCUGGGCUCCGGCCAGCUGCUGCUGAGCUGCGCCCGGGUCGGCCCGACUCGAAGUCAGCUCUCCGAACCAGCCUGGGUCGGCCCGACACGGAGUCAGGUUACCGAACUUAACGGAGCGGCGUGUAGCGGCUCGAUAUACAAGUGCUAGGCGGCAUGCGAAGUGUAUCGCAUUGUGAAUAGCUGACAUUGUGUCUGUGACGAUGUUCCCGAAAGGCAUGCAAAUGCGGGUUUCCUGUUGUUGGAUCAGUAUGUUGUGUUGUUUGUUGCUUUAAGUUACAUUAAUUUAUUUGCUUGUUUUACUGAAUGCUGAGUGAUACGUUUAUGUAAUUGCGAGUGAUCGUGUUGUUUCUGCAAAUACAAUGGUGCGUUUGUCAUAAAUAAAUAUUACCUACGGU